AUGCGUCUGUUCCUGCUUCGGCGCUUGUCCCUCCUGAAGCUGGCCCUGGCUGGGGGGGCUCUGUUUAUGGUUGUCCUUGUCAUACUCCAGAAAGACGUGGGUAUCAGCUCCAAUUCUGUCCAGGACCCCUGGUUCCAAGACCUGGUGGAACGCAAGGAGAGAGUGCUGGUGAUGGUCCGAGGAGCAGUCAACAACCUGGGCUUCCAGAUUGGAGCUCCCCAGCCUCCACCGGUAGAGGAGCAGCAGGCCACCUCAGACCGCAACUGUCCUCCAGGUCACUACACCCAAGCAGAGUUGAAGCCAGUCCUGGAGAGGCCCCAACAGGACCCCCAGGGGCCCGGGGCAGAUGGGACAGGCUAUGAGAAAGACAAGAUGACACCAGAGGAGGAGAAAGAGAAGGAAAAUGGGAUGACUGUUAACUGUUUCAAUCAGUUCUCCUCCGACAGGAUCUCCCUCAGCCGUAGCCUAGGAGACGACACCCGGCCACCAGAGUGUGUGGAGCGUAAGUUCCGCCACUGCCCUCCUCUCCCCACCACCAGUGUAAUCAUAGUGUUCCACAACGAGGCCUGGUCCACCCUGCUGCGUACCGUCUACAGUGUCCUCCACACCUCCCCUGCUGCCCUGCUCACUGAGAUCAUCAUGGUGGACGACGCCAGCACUGCAGAGCACCUAGGGACUCGGCUGGAUGAGUAUGUGAAACAGCUGAAUAUAGUGAAGGUGGUGAGACAGCAGGAGAGGAAGGGCCUGAUCACAGCCAGGCUCCUGGGGGCCAGUGGGGCACUGGGACAGACUCUCACCUUCCUGGACGCACACUGUGAGUGUUUCCAUGGCUGGCUGGAGCCCCUGCUUGCUCGUAUCGUAGAGGAGCCCACGGCUGUGGUCAGCCCAGAGAUCACCACCAUCAACCUGAAUAACUUUGCCUUCAACAAGCCUGUAGCCACCUCUAAGGCCCAGAACAGAGGAAACUUUGACUGGAGCCUCACCUUCGGCUGGGAGGGCAUCCCCGAGCAGGAGAAGAACAGACGCAAAGACGAGACCUACCCCGUCAAAACUCCAACGUUUGCCGGUGGUCUCUUCUCCAUCUCCAAGAAGUACUUUGAACACAUUGGGACGUACGACGAUAAGAUGGAGAUCUGGGGGGGUGAGAAUGUGGAGAUGUCCUUUAGGGUGUGGCAGUGUGGGGGCCAGCUGGAGAUCAUUCCGUGUUCUGUGGUUGGUCACGUGUUCCGUACCAAGUCCCCCCACACCUUCCCUAAAGGCACUGAGGUCAUCACACGGAACCAGGUACGAUUAGCCGAGGUCUGGAUGGACGACUACAAACGCAUCUACUACCGACGCAACAGUAAUGCUGCGAAGAUGGCCGAAGAGAAAGGGUUUGGUGACAUCUCAGAGCGUGUGAAUCUGAGGGAGAGCCUACAUUGUAAGAACUUCACUUGGUAUUUGAAUAAUAUCUACCCCGAGAUGUUCAUACCAGACCUCACCCCGACCAAGUUUGGAGCGAUUAAGAACUCUGGCACUCAGAGCUGUCUGGAUGUAGGAGAAAACAACCAAGGAGGAAAGCCACUGAUCAUGUACACCUGCCACAACAUGGGGGGCAAUCAGUACUUUGAGUAUACGUCCCAUAAGGAGCUGCGUCACAACAUAGGGAAGCAGCUGUGUCUGCAGGCCAACCCCCAGCCAGACCAGGUUAAGAUAGAGCUCUGUACACUGAAGGGCCAAGGGACCAGCGUGGCCCCACAACAGGAGUGGCUCUUUACAGAGGAGAAUCUCCUCCAGAACCCAGCCAGUGGAAAGUGUUUACUCCUGAUAGGGAGCCAGAUAGUGAUGUACUACUGCAACACAGCUGAUCUCAACCAGCACUGGACAUUCAGUUGACCUCCCUGAACUUUAACCCCUGACCUUAACCAUAACUAAAGCUUGUACUGGACCUUGACCCCUCUACCAGCCCAUCCACCCAUAGACUCAGGGUCAAGAAGGAAAGGCCAGUACCAGCUGAGGACAACAGGACAGGACCAUAUGCCACUGAGAACACAAAAUUGCUGACUUGAGAGGAAUGAACUGGUAGAACAUGGAGUACUGCAUACCUCUGUGAAUGAGCUCAGGAUUUAACCUCUUGACUGUUUUAACUAUAUUUAUGAUGGAGACUCAGGAAUGAAGGUGGUCUGGUUCCUUCUUGUGGUGGGGAGGGAACUGAACACUGCAGCCUGGGUUGUGUUCAUUAGGGGAAGAUAUUUCGAAGCAGAGUGAAACUGUGAUCUCCACUCCUACCUGAACUUGUCCAAUGAGAACACAGAUUUAAAUUUGUUGCAAAACAUUUUGCUACGGUAUACCCUACUAAACAUGACCCUGAACUGGCAGGCAGCGAUAUGCUCUACCCAGCUAAUAUGGUAGGAAGAGGUCCAUCACUGACCACUAAAAUCUUAAAACCUGUCCGUUCCGCCAGCGGAACCCCUUGCCAACAGCCAAUGAAAUUGCAGGGCGCCAAAUUACAUUUACAUUUUACAUUUAAGUCAUUUAGCAGACGCUCUUAUCCAGAGCGACUUACAAAUACGAAACAACAUAAAUCUCAAAAAUCAAAUUUCUCAAACAUACAAAUAUUACAUUUUAAAUAUUAAAUUCUCAUUAAUCCAGCCACAGUGUCUGAUUUCAAAAAUGCUUUACAGCGAAUGCUCCACAAACGAUUAUGUUAGAUCACCACCAAGCCACAGAAUAAACACAGCCAUUUUUCCAGCCAAAGAGAGGAGUCACAAAAAGCACAAAUAGAGAUAGAAUGAAUCACUAACCUUUGAUGAUCUUCAUCAGAUGACACUCAUAGGACUUCAUGUUACACAAUACAAUAUGUUUUGUUCGGUAAAGUGCAUAUUUAUAUUUAAAAAAAUAAUUUUAAUUUGGCGCGUUAUGUUCAGUAGUUCUAAAACAUGCGAUUUAGCUUAGAAACCCAUCAAAUUACACAAAUACUAAUAAUAAACCUUGAUAAAGGUACGACUAUUAUACAUGGAAUUAGAGAAAUACUUCUCCUUAUUGCAACCGCUGUCAGAUUUUUUAAAAACUUCACAGAAAAAGCAAACCAUGCAAUAAUCUGAGAACAGUGUUCACACAACAAAGAAGUCAAAGCGAUAUCCACCAUAUUGGGUCGUCAACAUUAGUCAUAAAUAGCAUUAGAAAUAUUCACUUACCUUUGAUGAUCUUCAUCAGAAUGCACUCCCAGGAAUCCCAGGUCUACAAUGAAUGCUUGAUUUGUUCGAUAAAGUAUAUCCUAAUGUUAGGGCGUUUGGUAAGCAAAUCCAAACGCGCGUGCAGUUCCAGCACAACGUCGAACGAAAAGUUCAAAAAGUGAUAUAACAGUCCGUAGAAACCUGUCAAACCUUAUAGGAUGUUUUUAACAUAAAUGUUCAAUAAUGUUCCAACCGGAGAAUUGCUUUGUUUGUAGAAAAGCAAUGUAACGAGAGGUAACUCUCUCGAGACCGCGCAACCAAGGCACUCUGCCAGACCACUGACUCAAACAGGUCUCAUGAGCCCUUCCUUUAUAGUAGAAUCCUCUAACAAGUUUCUGAAGACGGUUGACAUCUAGUGGAAACCUUAGGAAGUGAAAAAUGACCCCAUAGACACUGUGUAUUCGAUAGGCCAAGCUUUGAAAACCUACAAGCCUCAGAUUUCCCACUUCCUGGUUGGAUUUUUCUCAGGUUUUCACCUGUCAUAUGAUUUCUGUUAUACUCACAGACAUAAUUCAAACAGUUUUAGAAACUUCAGUGUUUUCUAUCCAAUACUACUAAUAAUAUGCAUAUAUUAGCAUCUGGGACAGAGUAUCAGGCAGUUUACUCUGGGCACCUUAUUCAUCCAAGCUACUCAAUACUGCCCCCCUGUCACCAAGAAGUUAACAGAAGAUCCUUUUCUUUAAAUAAUUGUUUUGUUUGUCUAAUUUACACUAUAUUUGUCAGGAUAUUAACGUAGACAUUGUGAAUGUUGUUGCUAUGACAAUGCAAAUAUCUGCCAAAGGGAGAGGUGUAAAAAAAUGUUUAGCUUAUUUGUCAUAGUAAACUGACAUACUGUAUGUUCCUUACAGGAUAUACCAGAGGUAAAGGGAUAUUCAAAAUCAUGACAAAUAUUCCUAUAAACAUAUGAAGGAUUGGAAUGGAAAUUGAAUGAGUACUUUUGGGGGAUUUUAAUUUAGUUUCAUUCUUGAUUUUUGUUAACAUGCAUUCAAUACGACUUGUGAUAUCAUUUUUAUUUAAUUUAUUUUACCAUCUUUUGGCCACAUUGAAUAAAAACAAGGAGAUUGUGUAUUACAGCCAGCAUUUGAUACCAUGUCUUUCCAGCAGCGUCUACCAAUGUAAUACUUGGUUGGUUUCUAGCUCUUUGUUUUUAGUUUUUUUUGUUCCUGGUUAUGUACUACUUUACAUAUGGCACGAACUGAAAGUACUGUGUGUUCAAAAUACAAUGCUAUUAUGCAAAUUGUCUGGCAAGGUAACUAAGGGAUGCUGGAUAUCAUGCUCUUGUGUGUGUCUGUUCCUAUGUGACUUUCAUACUUUUUGAUUCCAGACCAACUUUUUCUCGCUGGAGAUAUGGGCCCUGUUCUUAUCAGAACCCACAAGCUGAUAAUAAGAGACUAUUCUUUUUGUCCCAAAUGGUACACCGUUCCCUAUAGUGCACUACUUUUGACGAGGGCCCGUAGGGAUCUGGUCAAUAGUUGUGCACUAUGUAGGUAAUAGUGUGGUAUUUGGGACUUAUGAAUUCCUACAAUAAUAAACCUUGCUCCGGGUGAGCUGUUGAAUAGGCUAGUUAAUGAUAAAUAUAUCUUUCUCUCACAAUUUGCUUUGCACAAUAUUGUUUAUGCAAGGAGUGGUUUUGGACUCUUAAGGUAAUUCCUUAUUACAUGAAUUAUAACUUGGGCAAGUUCUAAGUUAAUGACGACUAUGAACGUGUGUUUGACGGACUAAUCUUAAGAAAGACAUGUAAUUUAUUUCUAUUUGGAAAUUAAAGUUGAGGGUUGUCUCGCCUCAGCUUCAGGCUUCGCAAACGAGGUGAAAGACUGUGGCUGAGGGUUGUCAAACCAGGGCCCGGUUUACCGAUCGCUUACGAGUGUUAUUUUAAUGAUGCAUCUUUCCUACAACAGCCAAACAUGUGACAUGCGUUUCCCAAAAUACCACACAGAGAGAACGGUCACUAAGUGCGUUGUUGCCGCUGGUGUCGAUACUGAUGGGAUCGAAGGCAGUGCUGAUCUCGGGUCAGCUUUCGCCAUUCAAUUCUUACCAAUGAAUGAUAUUGAAGUCAAUUUUCAUGUUCAUUUAAUUGUUUUAUUUUGCAAUUUGUCUUACAACCAAAUGUUUUGCCACAAUAUACACAGUUUACAAAACAUUAAAAACACCUAAUUGA